AAAUAAAAUAUAAAAUGGGCGGAGUUGUUUCAGCAGUCGAAAAAUGAUGUUUAACACAUUUUGACAUUAUGACAUCAGUUAAGCUUGAGGGAAAAUUCACCACCCUUGCACAGGUUGAAGGACUGCCAGAUGUUUUCACAUCGACAAAUUUUACUCUCCUGAAAUCAAGGUGGGUCUCCGAUGAUGAAGUGUCAGUUUGUCAGUGGUGUAAAAAUAAAUUCAAUCAACUCAGAAGGAAACAUCACUGCAGACAGUGUGGUAAUGUGUUCUGUAGCAAGUGCUGCAAUGAAAAGAUGCCCCUUCCACAGCUUGGUUUAGAGGACCCAGAGAGGGUGUGUGAAUAUUGUCGUCCAGUAACAGAGUUCAUUACAAAAUCAUGGUCCCCCCAUCAGAAUUUCAAAUCAGAGGCUGCAGUCAAUCUUGUGAAUCAGUGUGGAGAAAUCUCAGGACUCUGCAAGGUUGUUGAGCUUGGUGGAGUUCAAACAUUGAUAUCUCUGGCAAAGAAUGAGAGCCCUGUGAUUCAGGGUAAGGUAAUUUCUGGCCUGCAGAUUCUGUCCACACAUCAACCGCUGCACCGCUACCUGGCAGAGGCAGGCGCCAUCAAGGCCAUCUGUAGCAUCUUGACCAAGGCAAAUAUGUCCUAUGAACAAACACUGGUGGAAGGCAUAAGCACUUUGAAAAUAUUUUGUCGACUCCCAGAAUUAAAGAGUAAAGCUUUGGAGGAUGGUGCUCUCGAACCUGUUUUGCGGUUGAGCUGUACAUCCCAUUGUAAUACAGUGUCUCUCGUAGCAGUGAGUACGCUCAGCCUGAUCGCCGAGGAGAUGAGUACACACACCAAGAUCCUAGAGAGUCCACUCAGUGUCCUAACCUCGGUCUGCUCACUGGCAAGCUCAGAGGACGAACAGAUGCAAGAAGUCUCCUUAAAAACCCUGUGUUUCCUGUCUCUGGGCUCAAACUGGCAGAAGCACAGGAUUAUACAGGAAGAUUUCACGGCUGGUCGAUCACUUCAGAGAGCCAUCAGAGGAAGCCCUCGUAACCAGCAGGUGCUCUGUAAUGCGGCCUGUCUCAUCGCUAACUUGGCAACCAGCAAUGAGGACCAGGGAGGACUGCAGGACUUGUUGGACGGGCUGGGGGAGGUGCUGAGGAAGGACAACAACAACCUUGACCUUCACUGUCAUGUCGCCAGAGGUCUGGCCAACUUUGCCAGAUUCCAACAAAAUGCCAGCAAAAUAAAAAGCCUGUUGCCGUUGGUGAUAUUCAAAUGUCUUAAAUCAAACAGCAGCCAUGUCAAGAUGCAUGCAAUGAGAGCCAUCUUUAACUUGAUGUCUAUCAAUCCGUCUGAUACAUGCAGCGAACUACUCAGAGAUGGGGCGGGGGAACUGCUGGAGGGACUGUCCCGACUGAAGGGGCUGACCACUGCCAUACAGGAUGCUCUACUGGCCCAAGCGCCAGACCUCGUCAAGCCAAUGUAACCAGCCUCCAUGUCAAUAAUCCCCUCCUGUAUACAUAGCUUAAUAUUGUUAUUUUAGAAACCUUUUAUAAUGGGAAAUUUUUUUUAAUUCUGGUGCAUACUCUUUUAAUUCUUGCAAUGUAUUAUGAACCUUUGUUUUUGCAUUAAAAUGUGAUUUCAUAAAGUGACAAAAAA